AUGGAGGCUUUCAUCGGCACUUGGAAACUUGUUCAAGACGUGAACUAUGACAGUUACCUGAGAGCAACUGGUGCUGGCGAAGAAAUGAUUGCUAUUACAAAUGUACUUAAACCAGUUGUCACAAUUUCCCAAGACGAUAGCAUUGUGGUCAUUACACGGAAGAGCGGCCUUGGUACUGAAGAAGUCUCAUUCACACUGGGAAGAGAAUUCAAGAGAGAGGAAAAGGAUGGCAGAUACUGCAAAGUUACUGUAGAGCUAGAAGAAAACCAACUUGUACAGGUGGAGAAAUGGGACAAUGAAGAAGCUAUAGCUGUCUGUGAGGUCAAGGAUGGGAAACUGAUCAAGACAAUAACAUUUCAGGGCAUCACAGCAAUGCGAACCUUUGAGAAGGUGUAA